CGGGCAUGUCAUUGCCGUACAGCUGCUGAGCUUAAACCUUUCUCCGCAUCCGCCUUUGUUUCGGUCCCCCCUUCUCUCCCUCAAUUUCCGACCACUGGAGUCUCCUGUCGCUGCACGAAGCAAUGCAAGAACCAGACAACAACGUCGAGAAUGGCGCACCUGCGUCGCCGGUCUCCCCUAUACAUGAAGCGCUACCUACAGCGCAUGUUCCGCCCUCCGACCCGUCCCCAGCACCAGCAAGACAGUCCAUCGAUGAGGCUGCUAAGAAAGCUGUCGACAGCGUCCUCUACUCAGAUAUAGGAGUGAGCACACUGCUGAACAGACUCAAGCAGAGCAUUGCAUCAGUUAAGGACUUUUCGAGCUUCUUGAAGAAGCGAUCUACGAUUGAGGAUGAACAUGCGAAGGAGUUGCGUCGACUGUGCAAGACUACACACCAGGACAUUAGAAAAGCCGAUUCAAGACAAGGAUCGUAUGCUCGUCAGUUCGAAGCUGUCACGAACUUGCACGAACGCAUGGCCGAGAACGGUCUGCAGUUCGCACUCAAUUUGCACCAAAUGCACGAAGAUCUCAACACACUGGCCUUUGAAAUGGAAAAAGGUCGCAAGAAUUGGAAGCAAAUCGGCCUGAGUGCCGAGCAGAAGGCAACGGACGCAGAGAAGCAGAUGGAAAAGGCAAAGCAAAAAUAUGACCAAUUUGCUGAGCAGUACGAUCACGCUAGAACCGGUGAUGGAGGCAAACACUUCGGUUUGCGUGGCAUGAAAUCGGCAGAGCAGCGUGAGGAAGAACUUAAAGCGAAGGUGGAAAUGUCCGACAAAGAUUACCAGGCCAAGGUCCAAUAUGCGCGACAGCAACGCCAGGAGUUGCUUAACACUACGAGGCCCCAGGCGAUUAAGGCAUUGGAGGAUCUGAUCACUGAAUGCGAUGCAGGCCUCACAUUGCAAAUGCAGAAAUUCGCAACGUUCAAUGAGCGCUUGAUGCUGGCAAAUGGCUUGCUUGUCAGCCCAUUGAACGAGCCAAAUGCGCCCCACCAGCCGAGCAUGCGAGAGCUGAUCAUGCAAAUCGACAAUUUGCAAGAUUUCCAGGUCUACGUCCGUAGCUUCGGAGCGAAGAUCCCACCGCGAGGUGGCGAAAUCGAAUACAAGCAACACCCUUCCCUGGCCCCAAAAGGCCAGCCAUACAAGCCGCCCGAGCAGCAACAGCCAUCAUUCCAGCCUGCUGCUCCGCCAAAGGAUCAGUCGCCUACACAGUAUUCACCAGCGUAUGCACCUGGUCCCGUUCAGCCGCCGCCAGCUCAGGCGCCUUCCUCUUUCCCGAUGCAGCAAUAUGGAGCCUCAGUUCCAGAAAACCAAGCAGCACCUUCUAGCCCUAAACAUGGCUUCAAUAGUUACAACAAUGCACGCAACUCUUAUGACCGCGGUGAUUUAUACGGUGCUCCAGCCCAUCCACCUGCGCCUGCGCAGGUCCAAGCACCCCCUCCAGGAUCAACUCUCCAGCAGGCAUCCGCCGCCAGCGGGUAUGGACCACCCCCUAACCCUGCCUAUCCAGGACAACAGCCAUAUGGUCGUUCACCAUAUCCAUCCGGUCCAUCGGGCCCGCCAGUCUUACCCCCUGUUGCAGUUGGACCACCAGCUUCCGCGCCUCGGCCAUCAACGCGAGAAGGUCGUAGUGGUGGUGCGCCCGCAAAACCCGUGUUUGGUCUUAGCCUUGAUGAACUUUUCCGUCGCGAUCAGUCACCCGUGCCACUGAUUGUCUAUCAAUGCAUUCAAGCCGUUGACUUGUUUGGCCUAGAUCAUGAGGGUAUCUAUCGUAUUCCUGGUAACAUGAAUCAAGUUGCUGAGCUGAAGUCGCAAUUUGACCACAACGCCGAGCGUGUAAACUUCCAGAACCCAGAGGCUUUCUUCCACGACGUCAAUAAUGCGGCCCAUCUGUUGAAAAUGUUCUUCCGUGAGCUAAGUGAUCCGCUUUUUACGAGCGAGCAUUAUAACGAGCUCAUUGAAGCUGCCAAAGUGCAAGAUGAUAUCGUAAGGCGAGACAGUCUUCACGCAAUCAUCAACGCUCUACCGGAUCCAAAUUAUGCCACUCUUCGGGCGUUGACACUGCAUCUUCAUAGAGUAGUAGAGCAUGGGGAGGCGAAUCGCAUGACCAGUAGUACGCUAGCCGUAAUUUUCGCGCCAACACUAAUGGGACCGCACCAUGGGCCUAUGGCUGACGCAUCUAUGCAACCAAAAGUUAUCGAGACGGUGAUACAAAAUGCAUUGCAAAUUUUUGACGAGGAUUGACACUUCCAAGUCAAAUAAUGCUCUUGUUACAGUUGUGGAAGCAAUGAUCGGUUGUGAAUCUGUUUUAAUCAAUUUUCAGUCAUGUUUCUGCUCUUCGCUGUACCUUGCAGAGAUGAGCAGUGAUUGGAGACUAUGAUACCAUGUCAUCCGAAGCGAUAAAGUCAUGUAUUACUAAGAUGUUAGUCGGUGAAACAGUCCUUUCUUAUCCAAAAAAAAAAAAAAAAAAAAAA